UGACGUCACUCAGGCGCCGGGCGCUUCCGUUCGAGCGUCGGUCCUCCGCCGGGUCUGGCGAGCUGGCUUGAGAAAUUUGGCUUCUUCCGUCGCCAUGGCGGACAUGGAGGAGCUUUUCGGCAGCGACGCCGACACCGAGCCGGAGCAGAAAGAUUCCGAGUCGGGUUCUGAGUCAGAUUCUGAUCAGGAGAAUGCCAGCUCCGCGAGUAAUCUGUCUGGCAGUGAGAGUGACAGAGAUGAGGACCGAGAAGCCUUAAAGCCCAGCAAUAAAGAAUUGUUCGGUGACGACAGCGAGGAGGAUGCUGCUUCUCACCACAGUGGCAGCGACAACCGCUCCGAACGGUCCUACAAUCCCUCGGAAGGUUCAGGGCACUCUGAGCGCGAGGAGAACGACCAGUCAGACAUCGACCAGCACAGUGGUUCAGAAGCUGCCCAUGAUGAGGACGAGGAUGAGGAUCACAGAUCCGACGAAGGGAGCCACCACUCAGAGGUGGACGGAUCUGAAAAAGCACCUUCUGAGGAUGAAAAAUGGGCCAGGGAAGACAAAAGUGAUCAGUCCGAAGAUGAUGAGAAGCUCCAGAAUUCGGACGAUGAAGAGAGACCGCAGCAUUCAGAUGAGGACGAGAAGAACUCGGAUGAUGAAGAGGUGCCUCAGCUGUCAAAUGAUAAAGAGAGGCUGCAAGACUCAGAUGAGGAGAAAAUGCAUAAUUCAGAUGAUGAAGAGAGGCCCCAAGUGUCGGAUGAGGAGAAGCUGCAGAAUUCGGAUGAGGACGAAAGGCCCCGGCAUUCUGACGAAGAACACGUGCGGAACUCAGAUGAUGAACGGCCCCAGCAUUCGGAUGAGGAGAAGCUGCAGAACUCUGAGGAUGAAAGACCCCAGCAUUCUGACGAUGAAGAGCGCAGGCUCUCGGAGGACGAAGAGGAGCAUGAGCAUAAAUCUGAAUCUGCACGAGGCAGUGACAGCGAUGAUGAAGUUAUGCAAAUGAAGCGGAAGAAACCAAUUACUUCAGAUUCCGAAAUGGAUAGCGAUGCAGAAGGGCCGAAAGAUAAUAGGGAUGCGAUGGAUCUGUUUGGAGGAGCAGAUGACAUCUCUUCAGGGAGUGAUGGGGAAGACAAGCCCCCAACUCCAGGGCAACCCAUUGAUGAGAAUGGGCUGAAUGAAGAUCAACAGGAAGAGGAGCCUAUUCCAGAAACACGGAUAGAAGUAGAAAUUCCAAAAGUGAACACAGACCUGGGAAAUGACUUGUACUUCGUGAAGCUUCCCAACUUCCUCAGUGUGGAACCCAGGCCCUUUGAUCCUCAGUAUUAUGAGGAUGAAUUUGAAGAUGAAGAAAUGCUUGAUGAAGAAGGUAGAACCAGGCUAAAACUGAAGGUGGAGAACACGAUCCGUUGGCGGACGCGCCGGGAUGAGGAAGGAAGCGAGAUUCGGGAAAGCAACGCACGGAUAGUCAAAUGGUCCGAUGGGAGCAUGUCUCUGCAUUUGGGGAAUGAAGUCUUCGAUGUGUAUAAAGCACCCUUGCAAGGGGAUCACAACCAUCUCUUCAUCAGACAAGGAACAGGUCUUCAGGGGCAGGCUGUUUUCAAAACAAAACUGACUUUCAGGCCUCACUCGACGGACAGCGCCACACACAGGAAGAUGACGCUCUCACUGGCAGAUAGAUGUUCAAAGACACAAAAAAUCCGCAUUUUGCCCAUGGCUGGCCGGGAUCCAGAGUCCCAGCGCACGGAAAUGAUUAAGAAAGAGGAGGAGCGACUGCGCGCUUCUAUUCGCAGGGAGUCCCAGCAGCGGAGAAUGCGGGAGAAGCAGCACCAGCGGGGGCUGAGCGCCAGCUACUUGGAGCCCGAUCGCUAUGAUGAAGAGGAUGAAGGGGAAGAGGCCAUCAGCCUGGCAGCCAUAAAGAACAGAUACAAAGGGGGAAUAAGGGAGGAGCGCGCUAGGAUUUAUUCUUCAGACAGCGAUGAAGGAUCAGAUGAAGAUAAAACCCAGAGAUUGCUUAAGGCAAAGAAGCUGAACAGUGAUGAGGAGGGUGAGCCUUCUGGUAAAAGGAAAGCAGAAGACGACGACAAGGCAAGCAAGAAGCACAAGAAAUAUGUCAUCAGUGAUGAGGAAGACGAAGAUGAGGAUGCAUAAUGCCAAGCAAGUCCAGAACUUGACUGUAGAUAUUUUUAUACAUAUAUACGGAGAGAGAGACUGCAUGUUCUUUUGCAGCCCAGAUGUAAGUAAAUCCCUUGAGGAUUUUUUCCUUUUUUCCCAUUUUUUGACUAAGGACACCUGCAUAAAUAUCUGUAACCUUAACGCGAAUAAAGCUUCUUGUUGGACCUUUU